AUGGAUGAGGCGAAGCAGCCGUCCGAGCUAUGCAGUGGUGGACAAAUGGGUGAACAAAGUGGUGUACCGAGCAAUGAUCGAAGGGGAGGCUUCAACUUCGACUUCUCCUACGAGAGCAUCCUGAACAACGAUAUUGUGAGGCCCCAGGAGAUCGACUGUGGGAUGUCCUGUGCAAGCUCCUUCUUUGAGGGCAGUGAUCGGGUCGCCCUUGGGGGGGACUACGCUACGGAAUCUUCAGGUGACCCAGCAGUACAACAAAAAUGCGAAAAUUCUGCUCCCCCGAGGAGCACCCGCAGUACCAGCGCCCUGGAUUUUUCAUUCCAGAGGGACCCUGAUGAGGGGGGUUCUCUGUGGGGAGGGCAGAAACGGGGUGCAAGCAACCACACAGGUGGUGAUAACAUACGUGGUGAUAACAUACAUGGUGACAAUACACGUUAUGACGACGCAGUGUCUGCUAACGUGGGAGAGGUUCACGGGGAGGAGAGGAGUGAACCCCAAUGCGUAGACCACCUGAUCGGAUACGAAGACCUCCUAACCAGUGAAGCGCCCAAAGGGGAGGGACACCUCCUCGUUGGUACAAAUAACGCACAAAAUUGUGAUGCGUUUAAGGAGAAGAAAGAGGAAAACACACGUAAUGAGUUAGCACCUGAUGAGGAACGUUCCCAAGUGGGUGCAUCCACCACCAAUUCGGGAGGAACGUGCAUAAUAACUCCCUCCAUAACGACCACAGAGAAGCAGGGAAAGUCGUACAAGUCAAGUCCAUCUAUUAGUUCCACCAGAGCUAGCGAUGUCAGUGAGGCAAACGAAAUAUACCGAUCCCUCCAGACAGAAAUUGCAGCGUAUAAGCUGGAGGUGUUUCGCUUAAAGUCGGAGGUACAAGUGAAGAACAGCUACCUGCAGAAUGAGAGGAAGAAGAAUGAGGAGUAUGGGAAGAUAUUGGAGAGGUUUCUACUAGAACCAAGUAGCUCUUCUAAACGAGGUGAUGAGUGCAUGGGAUCACUGAACCUACUCGAAGUGGAGAAUAAAAAAUUGAGACAAGAAUUAGCCCUCAAGAGCAGCGAAACUAUUGAACUGAACAACUUAGUGAAUAACCUAAAAAGUGAGAAAGUCAUCUUUAUGCAUUCUUUACAAAACGAGUUGGAAGUCUGUAUGAGCAAAGAAGCAGAAUCAUCCCUCAUGUUGCAUGCACAGACGAAACGACUAACCAACGCGAAUAAUUACAUAACUAAACAGAACAAACAAAUAGCCCAACUGAAGGAAGAGUUAAACAAACUGGAGGAGACUUACGUCUUGCACGUUCACAAAAUGGAGCACCAGAUCAACCAACUGGUGGAAGAAAGAAACGAAUUCAUUUCUACAGCCAAACGGUUAGAAGUAAUAAACCUAGAGAAUAAAAAAAAGGAUGAGGAGCUAUCCAAGUAUAAGCAGAAGUGUAAGGAGUUAACUGAAGAGCUGAAUGACUUCCUUAGGAUCGUUUCAACAGAGAGAGAAAACAAGGGUGGCAACUUUGGUGGGUUCUACCAAGAUGGGAAUAGCAUUUCAUCGUUUACGUCCCUGAAGGAAGGAUUCCUCGAGGGAGGAAGUCACCUCAAGGAGGAAAACUCCAUUUUGGCGAGGAAAAUAAAACAACUCAUGGAACAGAACGACGCCCUCCAGAUGGAAGUAACCCAACGGGUGAACGACCUGAAAGAAGUAACGAACCAAUUGGAAAGCCACAAGCAAACCAUAAAGGUGAAAAGUGAGAAUCAUGCUUUGCUUCUCGAGAGGUACAACAAUUUAGAGAAGGACUUCGAGAAUGUGCACCUGUUGUGCAUGCAAUUGGAGGAAAGGUUCCGCAUCGAACAGAGCAACCAUACACACGCAAAUGGUAACAUCAUUAGUAAUGCCAGUGGAAACGGUGACCACCUGCUAGGCAAGAGCAACUUCUCUCUGAGCGAAUUGGAACUGAACCACAGUCAGCAGAGCGAGAUCAACAUCCAGCACUACAAAAUAUUUUGCUCUGAGUUGCAACUAGAAAAUGAGUCACUCAAGCAGACAGUGCAGAGACUCAAAAGUAAGAAUCGGAAGCUCACCACGAGUAUGGAACUGCUGCUGCGCGAUUUGGUUGCAGCGGGGGGCGGACCGCCUACAGAAAUGCAUGAUAAAGUGGAGACAAAAGUUCAGGCAGUUCCACGUUCUAGCACACCGGAAGGUGCAACUGAGGAGGGAGGCCCGCUCAUCACUAACCAAGAGGAGACUCCUCACAGAAGCAUAAACCACCUCAGUGGCAAAUCAAACGGAGAGAACCCCCCUCCACGUGGAGGACAAAAAAGCGGAUACACCCAAACGGAGAAACACCCUAUGGAGGAAACAACAGAACAAGGGACGCAAACAAUGGAAGGAAGAACCCCCCCGAGUGAAGAAAAAAAGAAGAACGAAUACACACAAACGGAAGGACAGGGAGAAUCACUCGGAGAAGACCCCCCCGGUCGUCACCUCAUCAGUGAAGGGGUAAACACGGAGGAGAAAAUAUCGACCAGUAAACAGGUCUACACGCAUGAGAACAGGUCAUUUGUGAACUCCGGCACGAACACCAAUCUGGUCGAUGUAACCCACGUGGGAAUCAACCCAAACGUCAUCGACGUAACCGAUGUAGGGGUCAACCCGAACAGAAUCGAUAGCGUAGACCAGGGAACCACCCCAGAAGAAGAAACGAAGAGAAGCAAACACAGAGAAGCACAAACGGAAGAAGUAAACUUACUUGUACGAUUCACCCAGACGGAAGAUCCUGGUACUGUAAACCGGGAAGUCCUCACAGACCUGCACGGCAUUAACAGCUGCAGCGUCAAAAGGAUCAUGCUUGCAUGCAGUUCCUCGAAAAAUAAAAAGGUCCAAGUGACAACCACUACGAUGAAUGCGUUUGCACAGACGGUGGAAACUUCCAAACAUGGAAAUCACUACAACUGUGGUGCUUAUCGGGACGUCCUCUAUGAUGGAAAAAGAGAUAAAAGCACGACGAGAAGAAUAAAGAAGAGGCAACAUGUUAAGGUGUGUAGUAACUCCCCCUUUUAUUCAGACGAAGAAUCAACAGGAGAAGGAGGAGACGUUUCAUACGAAUCGUAUACCACCUCAUCCACCAGUGAGAAUGCACGUUUUAGAUGCACGGAGAAAAGGGGGGAAAAAAAAAAUUAUGUUCCCACCUGUAGAGGUAAACAAAAUAAUGGAAAAUACCCUAUACGCAGAAGAUUCAAGGGUGAUAAUCUGUAUCUGCAUGGGGGAGACCACGCAAAUAACAGAAGGAGAAGGAAGACAAAUUACAAAUAUAUGAACCCCUCCAGCAGUUAUUCCUUAUCCAGGGGGAGAAAGGAUGACCUGCAAAGAGGCACAGACAGAAGGAUCCACAAAAAGAACGAAAUAGACGAAGUAGAAUCUCUCAUAGAAAUUUUAAAAUAUUCCUCAGACAAUUAUGAGUCUGACAUGGAUGGUUAUGACGGCUAUGACGGCUAUGACGAUUUGGACUUUUGUAGAAAUCCGGAGAGCUACGAUCACCUCCCUUCAGACUAUUCGAGGAUUCGCUCCAAACGGUUAUCGAAUCAACAAAAGAGACACUCCCAUAGAACCCAUAAACAAUUGAGGGACGUCUCUGAGGGGGAUUACACCGAAGGUGUCUACCCCCACCAUGACAAAACCCCCCCAAGAAGGAGAAACAGAAAAAUCAGGAACAGUCUACUAUGUAGAGGCUGCCACCCUCAGCGUGUCAUCAUAAAGGAAAACAAAUACAUACAAACGGGAGAGUACUUCCUGGAGAGUGAAUUUAACUACGACCCGAAUGUCACCCCCAUGGGUUCACCACCACAUUGUAACACAAAAAAAAAUAUAACCACCUUAAGGAGAAAGAUAAAGGAGUAUCUAAACGAUUACUAUGAGACCGUUAUAAUUUGUGAACAUUGCAAGGGGGUCUAUGUAGACGUGUCGAUUGUGCACCUUGUUCGUGAGUAUAUUUCUCAAAUUACCUUUUGUCACCGUUGCGGUGGUGGUGCAUCUAAAUGGUGGGAUGCUUCCCUCGGUAAGAGCGACUACUUCAGCGGUGACUGCAGCAGCAGGGGUGGUGCUAACAGUGCUGCAAAACAAAAGGUCGAUCAAAGAGCAGAUGACGCCACUAAUCUGAACGGGGACCCCCCCACGGGGACACUGGAAUCCUUCCUAAUAAAACGCAUUCCACUAAAACUGCCUAUAUGUACCUGCACGUUGGUGAAUUUGAAAUACAAGAAGGUUCUGAUGAGGAAGGAGGAGUCAGCAGUGGGGGCGAGUUCAACACGGUUAACCAACCAACCAACCAAACGGAAGAAGAAAAAACAAUCGGAAAAACACCCCCCCAAGAAGGAACUACUGAACAAAGCACUAGACAUAAUUGGCCACAUGAGAGGAGAACUGCACAGAAUAAAAUGCGUCAUCUGUAGUUUUCUCCUUUUAAAUGAAAGGAAUGAGUUACAUAGGAUCAUUCUUACUUCUGCAAGACUGACUGAGGUGUUUCCCUUCAUCCUUAGGAAGUAUGCACCGGGGGGAAGUGAGUGCUGCGAUGUGGUGGCCUCGUCCGAAGGGCUACUUCGCAGUCAGACGAAAUUGUCCCACAGUGAAAUGGUAACAAGAGGUGCGUCAAACGACCCGGUGCAUCUCAUUCAAGAGAACAGCUCAGAACACGCUUCUGUUUACAGAACCCGAACGUAUGGGAGUAUCCCCCAUUGUGCAUCUAACAACGGAAGUAGCAACGUGACUGUUGUGAACCCGUUUAGCGAUUCUAUCUUCGCCUCUACAACCGAUGGGAGAAGAUCCUUCGCAGAUGCGUCCACUUCACAGUACGCGGGGGGGAAUACCGAACAGGAGGAUGGGACCACCGUUAGAAGCACACUACUACUGGACGCACAAAGAAUAGCCAACCAUGGGUCGAUGGAAAAUUCCUCUUAUCUCUAUUCACCCGAAAAAUCAGUAAACCAAGUGAACCAAGUGAACCACAACGAAUUGUGCAGCGAAGUCGCCACGAAUAAACCACACGACGUCGUUAACCAUUCAGGCAAUGUUUCCCACUUGGACAAUUCCGUUCAUCACGAUGGAAAGGAGAACGUCACCCUAUUUGCCAUUUUGUCGGUGCUCCGGUUGCACGAGUUGCACGUCUUGCAUAAUUUAAAAGGAGUGAUGACCUCCAACCGGAUUGGUGUUGCAGCGGAAGGGUCGGAUAAGCUGGGCAGCAGUUUACCCCCACGUGGGAACCCCGCAGGUAAUUUUAUCCCCCCCGGCGGGGUAGACUCCUUUUUCGAGUCCUACCGUGUGCAGCACCUGGGAGAGGGAAUCGUCAAUGCAGACGAAAGGACAUCGCUCACCCUAAUCAUGCGCGACAUUGUAAAGAACGUGGAGCAGAAGUGGAAGUCAAUUGCGUCCGUGUAUCUACAUCUGGAUGAACCCAUAAGUGAGGUUCCAAUACAAAUGGCAGAUGUGUUGAGGAUGAUACAGAAUUACGAAAAAGUGGAUCUUUACAUGAAGAGGUUAUCGUUAAAACGGGGGGAAGACCAAGUGGACGGGGAUAUACAACUACGAGAAGAGGGCAAAUACUGUAAUGGAAGACAGUCCUUAAAAGACGACGCAUUGAUCCUUCGCUUAAAAGCAGAAAUAGAACAACUCGCUAAGGAGAAGGAAGCGAUGAACAAGACGCUCAGGGAAGCCGUGGACGAGAAUGCCAGAUACUCCAAGUUGUGUGCACACCUUCAGGAGGGGAAUCCCUUGCAGGGGGGGGACGCCUCCAUGGGCAUGAAUAAGAUAGACUCCUGCAUUAGCAGGAUUGAAGAGCUGCACGCCGAAAUAGAGGUACUGAAGCAACGGGGGGGGAACGACCGCAUUGUAAAUUACUCCUCUGGGGGUAGUGAUGUCUGCAGUGAGGGUUGCCCCAACGGGGAUGCUCAGGAAGACGAUCACGGUGACGAUGAUGAUGAUGGUGACGACGAUUGGGAUGACCAUUCUGAUGACGCAUAUGCCUACCAGGUGAAGAAGAAAAAAAAGAAAACCCGACCGAGCAACUCCCUCCAAGGGCCACAAAUCAACAUAAUCUACAACGUGAUCAUAAUCUUGCGGAACAGCAUCACUCAUCUAGUGACCUACGUGCACAGGAAAAUUUCAAACAGCGCAAAGCUCAACGUGAACCACAUUAGACAACUCUACACCAACGUAGUUAACGUUCUGUUGGACCUUCCAAAAGAGCUAAACCUCACUGUUGUCUUCAUUCGAAAGAGGGAGAUCAAUUUUCAAAUGUACUUAAAAAAAAGGAGUCUUACUUUGGAACCAACGGAGAGGCAACUCCCCUCACGCGAUUCUGACCACGCAGUGCACGACUCCUCCGACGGAAGUUCGCUGGAAGACAAAGUGACGCAACAGAGAAGGAAAAAGAAAAAAAAAAAAAAAAAAAUUAUGAACUCACAAAUGUAUACACUGAGCCAGCUGAGUGAGUGCCAUGUGGAAGACGAAACGGCCAUCGCGUCAUCACAAAAAAAAAGGAAAGGAAGAAAAAAAAAAGUGGUGGAAGGAACUCACUGCUUAGUGGGUCUUGCGGACGUCUCUGAUCAGGACUCCUCGAGCGACGUGUCCCUGCUCUUCGACUUGUAG